UUUGUUCAUUGUUUUUCUCCAUUCAGUACAUACUUUCAUCAUGGCUAUGGACAAAAUUUUAGUCAACGGUGUAACCGAGAUCUUCAAACCUUUGAUCUUUCUAAUUUCACAACAGAUUACUCUGGCAUGGGGUGUAAAAGACGACUUAAGAAAGCUUAAGGAUACCUUAGAGUCGGUCCAAGCUCUAAUUACUUCUGCCUAGGAAAAACAAGUUAAUGAUCCUACUGUAGGACUUUGGUUGACAAGACUUAAAGAUGUUGUCUAUGAUGCCGACGAUGUUAUGGAUGAGUUAUCUUACGAAACCAUGCGUCCGCUUAAACACAAGGUACAGGCUCUUGUUUCAUCCUCCAACCCACUUUUAUUUCGUUUCAAGAUGGCCCGUCAAAUUCGAGCCAUCAAUAAAAAGUUGGAUGAAAUUUACAAAAACAGUGAUAGGUACCGAUUGCAAAAUACUGGUACUGCUCGAGAUAAUCAGACUAGGGAGCAGCGUAACCGAUUAACCUCAUCCAUCGCCGUCGGUGAUGAUUCAAUACUUUUAGGGAGGGAGGGUGAGAAAUCAGACAUAAUAAAGAUAUUGAUUCGAUACCGUCAAUAUCUGCCUCAUCAUCAUGUGGAAUUUCUUCUCUAACAGAGAAGAUAUCCACUUUAUCCAUAGUGGGUAUGGGAGGACUGGGUAAGACUUCAAUAGCUCAAUUGAUCUACAAAGAUGACUCCAUAGUGAGAAACUUUGAUCUAAGAGCUUGGGUCUGUGUCUCUGAUACUUUUGACAUCUAUAAGAUUUUAAGAGAUAUCAUUGAGUCCAUUACUGGAUAUAAAUGUGAGAAUCCAUCAAAUGUCGACGUACUAGCAAAACAAGUCAAAGAAAAAUUGUUUGGUAGGAAAUAUUUGCUAGUGCUGGAUGAUUUGUGGAAUGAGGAUGUUAGAGAUUGGGAAAAACUUAAGAGUUUCCUCGUCUAUGGCGGGAACGGCAGCAAAAUAUUAGUUACUACACGCAAUCAAAAAGUUGCAUCUGUUGUUGGCGGUACAGUGCAUGAUCUUAAAAAGUUAUCAGACGUUGUUUGCUGGUCUAUUAUCGAGCAAAAAGUACUAUCUCGAGGUGAAGCAGUAUUGACUAAAGAAAUGACAAAUAUUGGAACUAAGAUAGCAAGAAAAUGUGAUGGCUUACCCCUUGCAGCGAACUCACUUGGAGGUUUAAUAUGCUCCAGAAGAGACAAAAGCUAUUGGCUGUCAAUAGUAAACAGCAUUAAUCGAUUGCAAGAAGGAUUCCUUUUGUCAUCUAGUGGAGGAGAUGAUGCAUCUCUUGGAGACAUAGGAGAUGUGCAGAUGGAUGAAGAAUCGGGUGACAUUGAGUCAUGUAAGAUGCAUGAUCUUGCAUCGAGUGUUCUAGAUUGCAAUGAAUUUGGAAUCACAUCGGUAAGAAAUAGAAAAAAAGAAGUUGCACAAGUUCGUCGCUUACAACUGCUAUUUGAUAAAGAACGAGGUUUGGCAUCUCCAAAAGUGUUACCAAAUGCGAAGAAGUUGCCAACUAUUAUUGCUCUUAACCCAUGGGAAUUUUCGCAUGUUAAUUCUUUCUUUCGUUAUAAGCGAUUACGAAUAUUAUUUCCUCUCAGGAACUGGUCUACAUGCUCACUUUCGGAUGGCCUCGAAUCUUGUCUCAUUGGGCACGAACCAUGUUUUACUUCAUUGAUUUCUAAGCUGAAGCAUCUAAGGUACCUUGACCUCGCAUACGUAAAUUUAUCUGGUAAGGUGUCUUUAAAUCAUUCUUACAAUUUGCAAACACUUGUACUGCGUAAAUUUAUCUGGUAAGGUGUCUUUAAAUCUGAUAAAAGUGUCUUUAAAACGUUCCAAGCCGGCUUCUUCGUGAAAUUGGGUCUUUCAAAAGUUUGAGGCAUCUUGAUAUCUCAUCCUCGAGUAUAGAACUUAUACCCCAAAAUAUUGGGUCCUUGCAACAUUUAAGUUGCCUUGAUCUUUCAUUUACAAAAAUCUCUAAGUUACCGGAUUCUAUCACACUUUUAUCAGCAGUUUAAGGACGUUGAAGUUAGAUGAAUGCCGGAAUUUAGAUGUCUUACCUAGAGAGCUAGGAGCACUGACACGAUUAAGGCGUCUUGAUUUGACUGGUCCUGAAUCAUGCAUAAUCAACCUCUGCAAUUUGGAGAUACUAGAACUAGGUUGGGAAUGUGAACUUCCAAAAGAAAUUAAGAAUUGGCCGAAAUUGAGAUUUUUUGUGCACUCUAGAGAUAAUGAUGGCACUUGCCUUGAAAGAUUAGAGGAUUACAUGGUUAGAAAAGAAAAUGAGAUCUCAGGAAAUCCCAAUAAUAAUGGCAUGGAAGAGUUGGCAGGCUUCAACUCCAUUCAGGUGUCAUCUAUAACAAAACUUGAAAAUGUGAGUGGUAAAGAAGGCGCACAAAGAGCAAAGUUGAAGGAUAAGAAGCACUUUCGGGUUUUGGAUUUAAAAAAUUGAGAACCAUUCCGACAACUUCGUUUUCUUCUCUCAAGAGAUUGGAUUUAUUUGGUACCAAUGAUAAUGCAGUAAACUCAUUAUUCUGUAGCCAAGGAUGUCUGACCUCUCUCACAAUCAUCGAAAUAGCGAAUUCUCCAGAUCUAGUAUGUUUACCACCACUCAGCGUACUACUCCAACGCAAUGCUCCUCUUCUUUAAAAACUAGAGAUCAGGUGGUGCUCUAACUUUCAAGGUUUCCAUGAUGAUGAUGAUCUAAACAACUACAACAACAACAGCAGUUCUUUUCAAUCACUGAAGCUUCAAAGUUGCCCUGUUUUGACAUCUCUACCGGAUUUACGGUUAUGUAAUUCUCUCCGGGAAUUGCCUAUCAACGAAUGCGACAAACUGAAUGAGCAGACAAUCCCCUAUGAUCUUAACACGUCCCUCACGUUUCUUGAAGAUCUGAGAGUUGAUUUUAACAGCUCCUCCAGGUUUCCCUAUUAAUUUGUUGGAAAAGGAUAAGAAAUAGAUCAGCUUGCUGCAAUUCAUCCCUUCCUUGCAACACCUGAUGCAGUUACUACCACCAGUAUCCUUCUUUCAGAGACACCAUAAACUACCGGAACGUAAGCUGCGGUAUAUGAGUUCCUCUUGCUGGGUAAAAAUCUUUAUUGGGUGAUGAAGAGAAGGUACGUAGAGACAAUUAGCUUGCGGUAGAAGGAUCUCCCAGGCUAUUUGAGACUGCUCAAUUAUCCGCUGAAACUUAUUUGAAUCUGUAGUUUAACAUUUUAACAUUAUGUUACUUGGUUAGCGUUAUGACAAAUGGCUCAAGAAGAUGAAAUACAUUGUGGG